GGGGGGGGGGGGGGGGAAUGGGAAGAGACCAGGGAGCAGGCAGGCUCGUUUGCCUGAAUCCAUGGUGACGCGGUAGUCCUUGUCUGAAUUACUAACUCUAGACAUGCGCAGACAAAGAGGAAGGUCUCAAGCUUAUUUCUUCCGGGAACAGUUCCUGGUCGCUAGGGGGGGGCUCCACAUCCAUCUGUGGACUACUGUAGUAUUGUGGGUACAUAAGGCCAAAUGGAAGGCUGCAUGGCUGUGUGAAGGUGCCACCAGCGCUGCCCUCUUAGCAAAGUCCACAAUUAUUAUUGUGUUUAUCUUAUUUAUUUUAUUUAUUUUAUUUUUAUUGCUUUUUAGUCAGCGUGUUAAGUAUGUGGCACCAGAUUCCGACGUGAGUUUACUGGUGAGUGCGCUUUCAGUCUACGAAAUCAGUUGAUUUGGAGCAGUUUCUCUCCCCCCCCCCCUCACCCACCCUACCCUUUUUCUCAAAUCAUUGGCCUCAAGGCGUUUUGUCAAUGAUUCCUCAUCCUCGCGCAGUGUGACGGUCCCCUCCCAUUAUUACCUGCAGCAUGCCAGAGAUCCUCCACUUCCCUCCUUGAUGGAUGCUCCUCCCCGUUUGAUCUCCCUGUGAAUUGUGUGCGUUGAUGGGAAUGGAGAUUUGCUGGUGGGACAUGUUGGUGAGGUGAGGCAGGGAAUUUCAGCCAUUCCAGCCGGAGAGGGGGUUCAACCAACCUUUGAUAGUUUAGACUAUGGCAUCGUGGUCCGUGACUUAAAUACGCCAAGUCUAUGUGAUUAUCGACGCUUUUUCGUUGUGAACUUCGCGGUUGUCGGAGACGGCGAUGGCGUGGUCAAAUGCAUCGCGGCGACUUUGUAAAGCCCUUGGAGCAGAAGAUGUGCAUCACCGAAGUGGUAUGACAACCAGAAGGUUGUCAGGUUCUUGAAUUGGUAGUGGGGUUGGGGUCGUCGGUGGGGGGGUCUCACAAUGGCAGCUCUAUUUAACUGGUUGCCACAGCUGGCCAUGGGCGACGUAGCCAACGUGGGCCAGCUGGUUGGUAUCAACGCAGUGCAGUUGAUUGCCAUGAUAGUGAAAGCAGCAAAGAAUGCACGCAUGCACAAGAAGAACUGCCAGAAUUUCGCGCAGCAUCUGAAAUUGAUUAGCAACUUGCUGGAGCUGUUGAACCUGACGGAUCUCAAGCGGCGCCCCGAAUACCGAGAGCCGCUGGAGCAUCUGGAGCAAGCCCUGCGCAAGGCGGUGAUCCUUGUGGAGAGCUGCCGCGACAAGAGCUACUUGUAUCUCGUAGCCAUGGGGUGGGUAUAUGUCUCCAAGUUUCGAGAUUACCAGGACGAAAUCGACCGCUACCUCAAGCUGGUCCCUCUCAUCUCUCUCGUUGAAAACAGUCGGGAGCGUCUGCGAGCGAUUUCGAAGGACAAACGCUCGUACACGAUGGAAGAUUCGGAGGUGAAGAUGCAACAGACACUUUUGAAGCCCCAGCACUCCAAGAGAGACUCCCUCCGUUUGUCCAGACAGUUGUCACGCCGCUACCCUGGAUUGCCAUUGGACGUCGCCUUGCGGGAAGAGAAUGCUAAGCUACGAAAAGAGCUGGACCAUAUGAAGGCUUGCAAGGAAGUAGAGGACUGCAACGUGAUUAAACACCUAAUCGACUUCACAGAAGCUACUGUGGCUGACCCUGUGAUCCUGGGGGAAGCCAUGUUGCAAAUUCGUGAGGAAGAGGAGGAGGAACGAGAGGAGAUACCGCAGAAGUCUCGCUCUGUCACGGAAACGCAGAGGAAAGAGUCGUCGCAGCGUCACAUCAAACAUCCAAAACCUUCGUUGCCAGGCUACCCUCCUGAACAGAAGCUUAUGUACGAUGGUGCGGCAAGGAAGGAUUCUUCAUUCCCGUCGUCGCGCUGUAGUAGCAUCCGGAGCAACUACCAGAUCGAAGAAGACUGGCACCAUGGCCUCUGCGAUUGUUGCAUUGAGCCCUGCUUAUGUAUGGAAACGUUUUGCUACCCUUGCGAGACAUUUACUCUCGUUGCAGAGACCGCUACUGAUGGCGAAACCUCUCAAGACACUGCUUGUCAUCUAUUGGCGUUCCAUUCUCUUUACGGUGGCUGCUAUUGCUACACUUGUUGCAUACGUCGAAAGGUCCGGCAGCGUUUCAAUAUCCCGGUAAGUUCUGUAGCGUUGUAAAACUUUA